CCCCGCCUACCAGGAAAGCGAGCCCAGAACGCCGACUCCGCCCUCGCCGGCAUGAAGCCUCCACAGCGGCGGCGAGCGGCCCCGGCGCGCUACCUGGGCGAGGUGACCGGCCCCGCGGCCUGGAGCCCCCGCGAGAAGCGGCAGCUGCUACGACUACUGCAGGCGCGGCAGGGCCAGCCGGAGCCGGACGCCACUGAGCUGGCCCGAGAACUGCCGGGCCGCAGCGAGGCCGAGAUCCGGGACUUCCUGCGGCAGCUCAAGGGCCGCGUGGUCCGGGAGGCCAUUCAGAGGGUGCAUCCAGGUGGCCCGCAGGGUCCAAGGCGCCGGGAAACACAGACCCCGGCCCCCAUCGAGGUAUGGAUGGAUCUGGCUGAGAAGAUAACAGGCCCGCUGGAGGAAGCCCUGACUGUGGCUUUUUCACAGGUACUCACCAUCGCGGCCACAGAGCCCGUCAGCCUCCUGCACUCCAAGCCCCCCAAGCCCACACAGGCGCGUGGAAAGCAGCUGCUGCUCAGCGCCCCUGGAGGGCGGGAGGACUCGAGCCCUGAGACCCCGGAGACCCCUGGCCCCGCCCCCAAGACAAGUGACCCCGCCCCCAAGACAAGUGACCCCGCCCCUGAGGCACCUUCCGAAUCCCUGGCUGAUCCCGCGGCUGAAGGAGAUCUCUCCGUGGACUUUGAGAAGAUCUACAAGUAUCUGUCAGCCAUCUCCCGCAGUUGCCAGGGCCCUGAACUUUCUGCAGCUGAGUCAGCUGUGGUCCUUGACCUGCUGCUGGCACUUCCGGAGGAGCUCCCCCGCCUGCCCUGCGCGGCCCUGGUUAAACAUAUGUCGGAUACGUACCUGCGCCUGACGGCCCCCCAGCCGGACCCAGCUGGUGAGGGCCUGGGGCCCAGAGCUGAGAAUGGCGGGACAAGCCCCAGGGGGCCGGAGGAGGCCAGCCAGGCCAUGCCCCAGGCCCCAGAGAAUGCUGGGCCCAGUGAACCGAGAUCUGCUUGGCAAGCAGCUGGGGUCUGCCCCCUGAACCCGUUCCUGGUGCCCCUGGAAUUUCUAGGCCAGGCAGCCACCCCUGCACGUUGAAGGCCUGGCAGGCAGAGGACACACCAGACAUCUGUGAACCCCCUGGCCCUCAGUCCUGCGUGGGCUGGCACUGGGUUGUCAUGAGUCGCGGCGGAAGGUACCGGACACGGUGGGCGUUAUGGGGCGGCUUUUAAGAUGACUGAUCCCGCGGGGCUCUCCGAAACAAGCAGCACAGUUGUACAGGCAUUUGGCCACAGAACUGAGGUGGGGGCGGCCAGGCAGGCUUGGCUAAAGCCACUGUCAAAUCCAAACCCUCCCCCCUGGGCUCCCCGCCCCCGCCCCAGCUCCUGUGUCUUCCAACAUCCUGUAUCCUAUGUCCUGUAACUGUGAGUAAAGUUCCUGUCAAUCCUC